CGGUCACCGGGUGAAAUCUUUGAGCACACCCGGUGACUGAGAUCACAACUCUUACAAACAACAUAAAAGCAUGUUGGCCCAGCAGAUCUGCUGGGCCCACGGACAGCGGUAAACACGCAUGUGCAUGUACAGCCACAGUGGAUGUUGUAUGGGUUGAUAAGACGCUCUGUCCUUUCUACUACAGAAAGGAAGGGCUUUUGUAAGCAGUGCGUUUUUCCGGCAGUGCGUGCAAGGAAGCGUGCAACCAAUCAACCCACACGAGUGACGUGACAGAUAGGCCCACUGCGAUAACGGGAACGGACUUGCGCACACGCCAUUCUGGUAGCAGAUUCCGUCACAUGUGGACGUCGUUCUUGUACUGUGGCCUACCCGGAACCCUUCAACGCCGAGAUCUUGGUACUCCUUCCCCCCGAAGAUUUUUCUUGACGUCGUGAGACACAUCUCGCUGACGAGGAAUUAUUGAAUGACGUUUUGAUCGCCGUGUCUCGUGUGGCUUGCCAGCAGCAUGACGGCUUUAUUUCAACAGGCCACUGUCUACUGUACGUUAUUGCUUCUCCUCACUAUUCGCCGAAGCGGUGCUGAACAGAUAACCGUUAUCAACUCCACGCCGCUGAUAUCCAAUGGGGAUACCUUACUGUCUUGCCUGGACGCGGCCGUCCAGGCUCCUCUCUCGCCCGCCCAGCUCACCGUGGGCGGGCUGACGGCCAGCGGGCAAGACUCGCCUCUGCCCGGUGGUACGGUCGCCGUCAACGCCGACGGGGAUCAGCUGGAGGUCCGUUGGGGCGGCGAGCUUGGGGACAGCCGGCGCGGGGCGUUCUUCUGCGCUGGGUCCGACCAACAAGACAAAGUGAUAACCUUCAAGGCCUACAAAGAAGCCCUGAUUCAACCCGUCAGUUUGACGGUGACAGCGAGCGUUGGCGAUACUGCCCGCCUGACCAUGGUCAAUAAGGGACGGCGGUCCUCAACAAACACGGCUCGCUGGACCUUCAACGGGACGGACGUCGCGUCGGACUCGCCCAGGGUGUCGUCGGCGGCGCCUGGUGAGGAGAUCUACGAGAUUACAAACGUCAGGCUGGAGGAUGCCGGCAUAUAUGAGGCCUACCCUUCCUCCAAUCGAUCACUGGGAGGUUUCAUGCGCCUCAUCGUGAGAGCUUGCCGGGAGGGCAAGUGGGGUACUGACUGCCAGGAAGAUUGCACGCCCUGCCUGAACGGGGGUGUGUGCCACGAUGAGACGGGGGCCUGUGUCUGUCCGCCGGGUUUCAUGGGCGACCAAUGCCAAAUCGCGUGCGGUGGUAACAAGUAUGGCCCGACCUGCCAGCGACAAUGUAAGGCGGAUAGCUGUCAACACAUGCACUUCACCUUGCCCGACCCCUACGGCAGCUCCUGUGCGACCGGUUGGAGCGGCUUGGCCUGUGACUUGGCCUGCGCCGAUGGACUGUAUGGAGCAGAUUGUGCCAUUGCCUGUGACUGCCCGCCCGGUAUCCUGUGCGACAAGUUCACCGGUUCCUGUCUGUGCCCUCCAGGAAAAAUGGGACGGACAUGCGAGGACAGAUACUUCUUUGAGGUCAAUGCGACAACCGUGACACUUGGCGAUGACAUCCAGGUGGCUUUAACCUGUGGUUGCAAGCCAUCGGUCACAGACUGCCCCGCAAUCCACAUUGAGAGUGUCGUACCAAGCACUCUCCCACCGGAUUCCAACUUGGUCCGGAAUUUCCGGGACUCUCAACUUGUCUGGUUGUUCACGCCCUAUUCUCUCAGUGGGCCCUGGGUCUUCAAGUGCCAGAUUGGCCUCGACUCCAAUCCGGUCUUUGAGUAUUAUGUCAACGUCACAGCAAUUGAGAACCUACCCGUGGUCUCCCUGGAGGAUGUGGAGGUCAAUGUCGGGGCGACAGCCACCUUCCAUUGCGAUGUUGGCAACAGCAACCCUGAGGAUGUCAGGGUGAGCCUGUACCCUUCCAGUGCUGGCCCUGGGGCUGCCCAGUCCCCGUCCUACCGUCAUCCACAGGACACCGACAAGGACCUCUAUCUCUUCGAUGUUCAGGAUGCAUCCCUGGAUAAGGAGGGCCAAUAUGUCUGCGAGGCCAGUGGAGCAGGAGGUACCGCCAGCAGUCAAGCUCAACUUGCAGUCAAGCAGCCACCCAGGCCCAGCCUGCCCCCCACAGUGACAGCUGUGACGUGCCAAACGGCCACCAUCCGACUCAACUCGGAGGCCUUCACGGGCGAUGGGCCUAUCCAGCGUUACUCGCUGGAGUACAAGCGCUCAGAAGAGACCGCGUGGACGCCACUAGACGAAGAGAGCGUGCCGGCGGGCGACACCAAGGUCCUGCAGGGACUGCGGGGACACACCCGCUACAACGUCCGACUGGUAUUUAUUAGAGCCGGCCCAAAUGGGCGGGGCAAUCCAGGAGAUCCGGCCACGUUUUUCACAAACCACAGCGUGCCAGAUACUCGUCCAGACAUUCAGCUUUCAACAGAGGACGGUGAAGCAACCAUCAUUCGAGUUCACUGGAGGGCAUCGAUAUCCCCGUCCGAUGAGGUGGACAGUGCCCUCAUUGAGUACACCGUGCGUGGGGAAGAGCCCCAACAGCUUGUGGUCAACGACCUGUCUGAGUCUAGUGCCGUUUUACAAGGGCUGCGGCCAUACACCGUCUACUCGGUGCGGAUGCAGUUUGUGAACUGUCGGGGCGGAGGUCAGUUCAGUGCCCGGAGGAAUCAACAGACAAAUGAAGGAGCCCCCAGCAAAGUCUCAAACCUGAAUGUGGAAGUCCUGUCCCACGACCGCAUCUCGGUGACCUGGGAUGCACCCGCAGAGGCCAACGGCGAGAUUAGAAAUUACAAGGUGAGCUCCCUGGAGUUCAUUAGCAGCUCACAGGAGAACGAGCCCACGACCUUCUCAGUUCUACCUUCCGAAACCCAGCUGGUACUCGGGGACCUCCGGCCUUACACCACCUAUGUCAUCGAAGUGGUCGCGGUGACAGUCAGAUCAGGAGAAAUGGUGUCCAAGACCGUGCGGACUUUAGAGUACAAUCCAUUUGGUCCGCCCACCUCGCUGCGGACGCGGCGUGUCACCACCACCAGCAUCGAGUUCCUCUGGGAACCGCCCGCCGAGGACCAACAGAACGGCCUCAUCGUCCAGUAUGAGUACAUCUGCAUCAGUCAGGACAACGUGGACCGGGCGCAGCACGGCAACACCACGGAACCCCGCGUGGUGGUGAGCGGCCUGCAACGGAAGGUGCUCUACACGUUCCGCGUCCGGGCCUACACAGGGGUUGGGCCGGGGCCAUAUUGCGAGGAAUUCCUUGAAGAGACGCGAGAAACAGAAUUGAUUGUCACUUCCAAGACGCCCAUGGCCACCACUGCUGCUGCCGUCAAAUCUGACGAGUCUACAGGAGGUCAAAGCGGGGAGGUGACUGGUGGUUUAGAUGGCGUUGGACUGGCCAUGAUCAUUGUCUCGGCCAUCGUAUGCAUGGUGCUAGUUGUGGCCCUCGGCGCGGCUGUGUCCACGUCCUACUUCAAGAACAAGAGACGCAGCAUGAGCUUGGAUGCCAACGACCCCAACGUCAUCAUGAGAUUCAGCGAUUUGCUACGACAACGGUCACUCUCCAAUGAAUACGAUGACGGCACAGGUCAGACGCUGCUGUCCCCUCUGGCUAUGCCGGCCCCCCUCUCCCCAAACUCCACUUUCUUCCCCGCCUCCCCCACCUCCCCCCAAUCGCCCGGAAUCCCCGCCUACUGGUACAUCCCCUGGGCCAGCAUUGUCAUGGAGGACAUGGUAAUCGCCGAGGGCAACUUUGGCCAGGUGGUCAAGGCGGUCAUCAAGAAGGAGGGCGUGGCCCUGGAGGCGGCAGUCAAGACACUGAAAGCUGGUGCUACCGAGUCUGAUCGGCGAGAUUUCAUGGGUGAGCUGGAGAUCAUGUGUAAGGUUGGCAACCAUUCCAACAUCGUCAACCUUAUCGGGGCAACUGAGCACAUGGGCAUACUGUAUGUAGCCACGGAGUUCGCUAAGCACGGGAACCUGCUCAACUUCCUAAGGCAGAGUCGGUCACAGGAGAUGGGGUACCAGGUCUACAGCAAUCACACUGGGGCGUGCGGCGGCGGGGCCGGGGCUGGACCCGGGGAAGAGGGCGGCUUCACCUCGGAGCAACUGCUGGGAUUUGCCGUGGAUGUGGCCAGGGGCAUGCAACAUCUGUCUGAGAAAGGGUGUGUUCACCGUGACCUGGCCGCGCGUAACGUUCUGGUCUGUGAAAACCUGGUGUGCAAGGUGACGGACUUUGGCUUGUCUCGCAGUGACGAGGUCUACGUCAAGACCACGGCGGGGAGACUUCCGGUGCGCUGGAUGGCAAUUGAAUCUCUCAACUACAGCGUUUACACGACCAAAAGUGACGUGUGGUCCUUCGGAAUCCUGUUGUGGGAAAUUGUUUCCCUGGGUGCUACUCCGUACCCAGGCAUGUCCUGCGCUGAGCUGUAUGAACGUCUGCCCCUGGGCUAUCGUAUGGAGGCCCCCCUCAACUGCGAAGAGGAAGUGUACAACAUAAUGCGUCACUGCUGGAGGGAUCGUCCCCACGACAGACCAACCUUUGAACAACUCAACAUUGCCCUGACUAAGCUAGCGGACGCCCACAAGCCCUAUGUGAACACCGAACUUCUCCGUCGCAGCAAUUUUGAAUUCGCCCCUAUCAUCAGUUCAGGGGAGCACAUGAUUCGCCCCUCGACCCCAGUGUGAUGCAGCAACAACCAGAAGCCAGCCAAACCCAGGAUCCUUCAGCUGGCAAUCAGUGAUUUGACUAGUCUUAAACUCGAGGCGUUUGGAAGAGACAGCUGUCAGAACAGAAGACAAGUAUUACACGUUAUCUUUAGGUCAUGCAAAGGAAUCUGGGACAUACAAAGGAUAUACGGUUUUGAUAGUAGACAUGGUUAACACUCCUCUGUGUUCCACAUGUUGAGUGCAUUUUGUGAUGGAGGCAACAAAACUUAAAGUUUACAUGUUGAGCUUGCCAGACGGAUGGCCUUGAUGCUUAGCUGGCCUUAAUGGACAGGUGGCUUUAACAGAUAGGCGGCCUUAGGAGACAGGUGGCCUCAGUGGGGAAUUGGCUUCGGUAGAGAUGGCCUCAGUGGACAGACCGCCUCAGAAAUUGCCUCAAUGCAUGGGUGGCCUUAAUGUAAAUUUGGCCUCCGUGCAAAGGUGGCCUCAGUGGACAGAUAGCAUGAGUUGAGAUUGCCUCAAUGGAUGGGCAGCCUUAAUGUAAAGUUGGCCACAGUGUGAAAGUGGCCACAGUGGACAGACAGCCUCAGUUGAAAUUGCCUCAAUGGAUGGGCAGCCUUAAUGUAAAGUUGGCCACAGUGUGAAAGUGGCCACAGUGGACA